UAAUGCGUUUCACGGCUCCAAGACCUGAGUUAGCUGUAAAGUACAAAGGCAACCAAAGUCAGAUCCACUCUGAAACCAUCUUCUACCGCGCUUCUCUUCUGUGUAAAUACUAUCGCAAAUUCUCUGCUUUCUCCACCUUCAUUCAUUCAUUCAUUGUCAUACUUAACAACGCGCUUCUUCUUCCACCUCUUUCCUUUUGCAUCUUUGAUCUCCUUUCACGUGCCACGCAGAUAGACUCGUGGUCAAAUGAAGAGUACUUUGCCCAGUUGUCUUUGUUGACUUUUCCCACAACUGCUUCUCUCUUCCCUUCUCAUCUCCACAACCACAAACUAACCGUAUCAACCCCUCCGUUUCACAAUUAAUAUACUCCUUCAUUUUCAAUCUGCUCAUGCCCCUAUCCAUUUUCUUACGUGUGAUUUCAGGAUUCUUCAUAUUCCAAAUCAUCUACUAUUAGACUUCUUGAUUGGUCAAAUCCUAUAUUUGGGUCUGUUCAUAUUCUCUCAUUUCUUGUUCUUUCUCCGUACUUUACAUACCCUUCAUAAAACAUUAUUAAUAAAAAACAGUUACUUGGUAUUCUUUUCUGGGGUGGUUCUUGUUGUUGGUUGGUCUCAUAUUGCUAGCGGUUAGAUGAAUUCUGUUUCUUCCAUGUGCGUUUGAUUUCCAUUUGUGAACAUGGGAAAACAUUGGUCUUUCUUCCAUAUUACGGGUACCCUUUUCCUUUUGUGCAAAGUCUGUCUAGCUGGGAGUCAAUAUUCUGGACGUGUCUUACCCGGGGUAUUAAAUGGUUCUCAAAUGAAUUGGAUUGACAGAGAUGGCAAGUUCCUUGUCUCAAAAAAGGUUCAGUUUGCCUUUGGCUUUGUCACCACAACGAAUGACACCACCAAGUUUCUACUUGCAAUCAUCCAUGUGGCCACUACCAGGGUAAUUUGGACCGCCAAUAGAGCAGUUCCUGUUGCUAACUCGGACAAUUUUGUGUUUGAUGAAAAGGGCAACGCUUUCUUACAGAAAGAUGGAACCUUGGUUUGGUCAACAAGCACAAGUAACAAAGGGGUUUCUUCAAUGGAAUUGCUUGACACAGGGAAUUUGGUUUUGCUUGGAAUUGAUAAUAGCACAGUGAUUUGGCAAAGUUUUAGCCAUCCAACAGAUACUUUGUUGCCAACUCAAGAGUUCACUGAGGGAAUGAAACUCAUCAGUGAUCCUAGCUCAAACAACUUGACCCAUGUUCUUGAGAUCAAGUCUGGUAAUGUUGUUCUCACUGCAGGUUUUCGAACCCCGCAGCCUUAUUGGACUAUGCAGAAGGACAACCGCAGAGUCAUCAACAAGGGCGGUGAUGCGGUGGCUUCAGCAAACAUUAGUGGAAAUUCAUGGAGGUUCUAUGACAAAAGCAAAUCUUUGUUGUGGCAAUUCAUUUUCUCUGCAGAUCAAGGCACAAAUGCGACUUGGAUUGCUGUUUUGGGGAGUGAUGGCUUCAUCACUUUCUCGAACCUCAACGAUGGAGGGUCAAAUGCUGCUUCUCCAACAACAAUACCCCAAGAUUCUUGUGCUACACCGGAACCUUGUGAUGCAUACACCAUAUGCACAGGUGACCAAAGAAGGUGUAGUUGCCCUUCUGUUAUUCCUAGUUGCAAACCUGGUUUUGAUUCUCCCUGUGGUGGUGACUCAGAAAAGUCCAUUCAGUUGGUUAAAGCUGAUGAUGGGCUUGAUUACUUUGCGCUUCAAUUCCUUCAACCUUUUUCGAAAACCGAUUUGGCUGGUUGCCAAUCUUCUUGCCGCGGAAACUGCUCGUGCCUUGCUUUGUUCUUCCACAGAAGUUCAGGGGCCUGUUUCCUUUUGGACAGUGUAGGUAGCUUUCAGAAACCUGAUUCUGAUUCUGGUUAUGUUUCUUACAUUAAGGUCUCGACAGAUGGAGGCGCUGGCACGGGUUCUGGGGGCGGCGGAGGUGUCCAUAAGCACACCAUAGUUGUUGUGGUCAUUGUCAUAAUAGCCUUGGUUGUCAUUUGUGGUCUGGUCUUUGGGGGAGUUAGAUACCACAGAAGAAAGCAAAGGUUGCCUGAGUCUCCUAGAGAAGGUUCAGAAGAGGACAAUUUCUUGGAGAAUUUGACUGGCAUGCCAAUCCGUUACAGCUACAAGGACCUUGAGGCGGCCACUAAUAACUUCUCUGUGAAGCUUGGGCAAGGGGGUUUUGGGUCAGUGUACAAAGGAGUUCUACCCGAUGGGACUCAGUUAGCAGUGAAGAAGUUGGAAGGUAUUGGACAAGGGAAGAAAGAGUUCAGGGCUGAAGUUAGCAUCAUUGGUAGCAUUCAUCAUCUUCAUUUGGUUAGGCUUAAGGGAUUCUGUGCUGAUGGAACUCAUAGGCUCCUUGCUUAUGAAUACCUGUCUAAUGGCUCCUUGGAUAAAUGGAUAUUCAAGAAAAACAAAGGUGAGUUUCAGUUGGAUUGGGAUACUAGGUUCAAUAUAGCUCUGGGAACAGCAAAAGGACUUGCUUAUCUGCAUGAAGAUUGUGACUCAAAGAUUGUUCAUUGUGACAUCAAGCCGGAAAACGUGCUUCUGGAUGACCACUUCAUGGCCAAGGUUUCGGAUUUUGGGCUGGCUAAGCUCAUGAACCGAGAACAAAGCCAUGUUUUCACAACACUGAGGGGCACCAGGGGAUAUCUUGCACCGGAGUGGAUAACAAACUAUGCCAUAUCAGAGAAAAGUGAUGUCUAUAGCUAUGGUAUGGUGCUACUAGAGAUCAUUGGGGGAAGGAAAAACUAUGAUCCCAGUAAGUCUUCAGAGAAGUCCCAUUUCCCAACUUAUGCUUAUAAGAUGAUGGAAGAAGGGAAGCUGAGAGAUAUUUUUGACUCGGAGUUGAAAAUUGAUGAGAAUGAUGAUAGGUUUCAAUGUGCUAUAAAAGUUGCAUUGUGGUGCAUACAGGAAGACAUGUCAAUGAGGCCAUCUAUGACCAGAGUUGUCCAAAUGUUGGAGGGUAUUUGUAUUGUUCCUAACCCACCAACCAGUUCUUCGUUGGGUUCUCGCCUUUAUGCCACUGUGUUCAAAUCCUCCAGUGAAGGGGCCACCUCUUCUGGUCCCUCAGACUGUAACAGUGAUGCUUAUCUCUCCGCGGUUCGCCUUUCAGGGCCUAGAUAACAAUACCUGUCUCUUUUGUUUAUUUUCUGUGUGUUGUAUUGUUGAGUAAAUUAGUUUGUGUAAUACAGCAGAGCUACUCUGGAUUGUGUGGGCUUUGCAUGCUUCCAGCUCUUGUACAUUUUGUUCAAGUUCCUCAAAUUUUGUAAUAUAAAUAGCUAUUCAUAAUCAUCCUGCAGCAUUUCUUUCU